GGGAAAAGAAAAACCGAGUUUCACACUCUGUCUUAUCCCCAGGAAGGUGACCAGUUAUAGGAAAUUGCAUUAUUUGCCAUUUUCUCACGCUUUAGACGUGUAAUCACGAUAAAUUAACAUGUUUUUGUGCAUACGCUGAAAAAAACUAACUUUUGCGGUAGUGUUGACAGGAAAGCAAAGCGGACAAAAUUUGCUUCCUUUCCUUUCCAUAAGCUCAUAAAGCGCCACGCAGCAGGGUCGAGUUUGACAGGUAAGACCGGAUUCUCUGUGGAGGGAGGGAGGAGGAGAGGGAGAGGUGUGCAGUUGCUGACACCGAGCUGCUACAGUGAGAGCUCAGUAAAUGACGGACAGAUCUUGAGACACGGAAGAAAAGGACUCCGCUCAGUUACUUUCCCCUCCCCUCCGGUCAUCUCUUCUGUGGACCUCUUGUUCGUCUUCCCCAUCUCUCUCUCUCUCGUGCAAGAUGAAGGCGAUGAUGGUGCUGGGAUUCUUGUGCGUGUGUGUGCUGAUUGCUGUGGGUUACCAGGCCUUUCAGCAAGAGUUCACCAUCCGCCGUCUGAGGUCCCAAAUAACGUCAACCACUGAACAAGUGAAGGCGAAGGAGGACGAAAUAGUGAAAGCCAAGUUGAAGAUACAGCAGCUGAAUGACGAGCUGACACCACUGAACAAAAAGAGGGAUCAGCUGGUGAAGAAGAAGGGGGAACUGCAGAAGGCCAGUGGUGAAUCUGAGAAGAGCCUGAGCACCUGUCAGAAAGAAAAGACUGACUCUGAGAAGAAAAAAACGAAAGCUACUGAAGCACGUGAGAAGCAAAAAAUUGACCAAAAGGCUGAGGUGGAGAACACACAGGUGGAGGUUCAGAAUCUGCAAAAGCAAAUUCUGGACAGAGAUGCCAAGAUCUGUGAGUUUGUGGAUGCAGACAAAGAGGAGGGAAGGAAAUUGUGUGAGGGCAAAAAGGCUGCUCGGUAAAGUAUGAUGAAGACAAAACGUAAACUCAGGAAAAACUCUUCCUCUCAACAGUGUAUUAAUGUACAGCUUUUCUUCUCCAUGUGUUGUUCUGAAGAAAACCAAAGUAAUGGAAUUCAUUUUGUAAUGCAGAAAAGAAACUGUAGUUUAAAUAAUAAAACUUGCUUUGUGGUCUAUUGAUGCUGUUAUUUUAUGACUGUGAUCUCCAGUAACACUCAUGAAUAUAGAAUUGUUUUUGAUAUCCAUCUGAAAGAAGUGAUUGCAUAAAAGCAAUAAUAUCCUACACUCUUGAACAGGAUGUGUUAGUUUACAAAACACUUUUGUGCCAGGCUACAAGAAUAUGGCAUAUUAUUGCUGUCAGAAUAAAACAUUGUGUCUGCA